GCGCAUGCGUCGUUAAGCUACGCCGCUUUAUCUCACUUGACACAUAUGUUUAAAACCGAAAGUAGAGGUAUUUUUAAGGAAGUUUAAACAAGUUAUAACUUUCAAAUGGUGAUUAAAAAUGGGUGCAUCAUUUAGCUCGGAGGAUCCAAGUGAACAAGAUCGAAACUUACGAUUCUACAGAAAUGAAAUCAGAUCUAGUCCGUGGCCCGGUUCCAAGAUUGCCGAUAUGUUACUUUGGACGGGUAAAUACAACAAAUUAGAGAGUAACCAUAGCUAUAUUCAAUGGCUAUUUCCAACACCAGAAGGCAGUGGUAUGAAUCCCUAUGCGCAGCCUCUUCGAGAGCAUGAGGCAAAAGCCAUUCGAGAGGAUGACAUGGCCAGCGCACGUGUUCUCAUGUCAUACCGGAUGAUGCUGGAUUUCUACGGAAUGAGGCUUGUCAAUCCAAUUGUAGGGAAGGUAAUUAGAAGUGAGAAUUGGCAAGAACGGUACAAACACCUAAAUAGAUCGACCCAUAACUACCGACGAAUCACGAGAAUAAUAAAGUCCCUCGGUGAACUUGGCUAUGAGAGAUUCCAGUGCCAGUGGAUCACUUUCUUACUGGAAGAGUCCAUAAUUAACCAAGUUCUUCCGAACUUGAACGGACCCUGCAUGAAACAUUUUAUUGCUGCCAUUAAAGAUGACGUAGAAAAGGAACAAAUGUUUAAAAAUUAUUUCGAACUAAUUAGAAAACCUACACCCGGACUGUGUGCCAGACCAAGACAAAAUGCUGACACAAACAAUACAGCAAUAUCAGCUGAAAAAAGAGCUCAUGAUAAACAUGAACUACAUAACGGAAGAGUUCAAAAUGGAGGCGGGGAUUUUAUAAACCAAAAGUUCGAUUUUCAAAAUGAUUCAAAUAUUCCAAGACAAACAAGUGUAACUACAACUGACAAUGAAGGCGCUGUUGAUUUUGGACCUGCCGCAGACGACAACGAUAAAAUCAAGGACAUUCCGUAUAUUGAUUGUACAUAUGACGAAAGUAGACAGAAAACUGGAUGUGUCACACAUAUUGGGAAUGGAAAUGAUGAAAUCAGCGCUGACGGUGGAACAGAUGUGGACUAUGGUUCGGCAAUAAAUGUUAAACUAUAAACUAUAAUGUCUCCAUCAUUGACUGUGAUAAAAAUUUGUAUCUGUGCAAUAACAGAAAAUGUCAUAAUUAAGACAAACUUGUAAUUUACAUGUGGCGGUCGGUCUAGUGAGACGUCCCAGUUACGGUCUCAUGGUUUGAGUUAAACACGCGCCUGUAAGACCCAGUACAAAUUUGAGCUAGUUUCAUGGUUAGAUUUUUAUGUACUUUAGUAAUAUUUGGUCAUACAGGUGGAUAAUCAUCAUGAGUGACUGUGCAGUACUUGGAGCAAAACUUAUUUUAAAGGGAUAUGUUUAAGUUACUUCUGUUACGUUGAAAACUUAUUUAUGUAUUUGUUAUAAACUGUUUAUUUUCAAGCAGGAUUAAAACAUUUCCUAUGACUAGAUGACC